CUAUGAUGUGCCACGACGUCCUACAGGCAGCUCCUUCGCGCUGGAACCAGGUUGACCGUCGCAAGUCCCACUGCAAAUGUGCAAUCGACACUGUACGUCAACGGUGCACCUCGCUGCACAGCACGCUUUGCUUGACAAAUUCUGUUUCCUGCUUCGUUUUUCUCCAGUGGCGAUUCCAAGAACGUUAUCGCUCCACCAUCCCAGUAUCCCAGCAUCACACGCUGUCGGAUCUGGUGGCGCCGGACAAGGUGUCUAUACUACAAGUAGCCGUAGUAUCCUCGGCCUGUCUUGCAUCGUACCGCGGUAUGUCCGUGAGCAUCGCAUCGCGAGUCCGUUCGCUCGCCACCACUCGUGGCGGCGUCGUGACAAGCCGAGUCUGGCCAGCGUGAGCAUGCGCCGUCACUGAAUAUGCCACCCUUUGUCGACAGGUUUAAAUAAAUUCUCCAGGACCAUACGAAAUUGCAGCUAUAAAAUAAAAACGAGGUGCACCGGGUGGUGCGUGUCGACUUGCGAGCGAUCAAUUGACACAAAUUACAAACUGCGCUCGACGAAUCAUGACCGCCUUGUCCGCUGACCAGCUCCUCCGCUCGUACGCCAACUUGCACCUCUCGUCGACGUGGACGGCGCCACCGACCACCGCCACGCUCGCCUGUACCACGUGCACGUACCUCAAUGACGCCGACACGAGCCACUGCGCCAUGUGCGACCAUGCACUGCCGGCGGCACCACAGCUCACCGAGCCACUGGCAGCACCCCAUGCGAUCCACAGCGACGGCUCGUGGCGGUGUGGCGAAUGCGCUAGCUACAAUGCGAGCGGGGUGCGAGACUGCUACAGCUGCGACGCUCCGUUCGUGUCGGUGGUCGCCAGCAGCGCGCCGAUGCAUCUCAACUGCACCCGCUGCGGUACGCGCAACCGCGCCUCGAGCGCGUACUGCGGCAGCUGCGGAAACGCGCUGCGCUCUAAGCUCGAUACCAUCAAACACGAAGUCGCGGACACGACGAGCCAUGUCGCGCGGGACCUCGGGCUCCACGUCCGCGUGCGCUGUCCGGGUUGCCUCAAGGUCUGCGCGCUUCCGUCGUCGGCCUGUUUUCGCUGCGGCGCGUGCGACGCCUAUUUUGCAGCGCCGUCCGUGGCUGCCGUCACGGGCUUCCACGUGAGCCGCCUCACGCGGUCCCUCUCGAGUUCGGUCUCGCGGCUCUUCUCACGGCCGACUGGCUUCUCCGUGUCAAAGUUUUUUCAAGACGACGCCUCGUCCAGCGACGACGACGACGACGAGGUGUACGAACCGAUUGAUGAUGACGACGACGAGACCGAUCCGGCUCGAGGCGAGAGCCACGUGCCGACGCCACCACUGACGCUCGAGGAAGAGGUCCCGAUCGGAAUUCUAGUCUCGACGUGCCACGUCCGCCCACCGGUGCGGUCGACGAUGGCGGUGCCGCCGUCGUUGCCGCCAACGCUGCGCAAGACGCAGAGCGCGCCGACGACGUUGCCUCCGACCGUGUCGUUUGAGAAGGACUGGGAUUUCGCCCGGACCCACGACGACUUUGCGACCGACAGCGAAGACGACGAGGAAGAGACCAAGGAAGAGCUCGACGACGCAACCAUUCUGCGCUCGCUGCGGCAGUCGGCGUACACCACCAAGUGCCACGUUGACGACGUCUACCACGGCGACACGAUCCUCUUGGACUAAGAAGCAUUGUGUGUUUGAUAACUUAACCAUUCUUAUAGUAUAUAGUAUGAAACAAAUA